AUGACAAAUUUUAACAAAAAACAAAUUAACGCCCUAUUGCCUUUAUGGAGUUACAAAACGAAGAAGGGUUACUAUGAUUAUAUACAAAGGAAAGUUUUAUUUCCCUCCUUCUCACAGGCUUGUUCAUUCAUGAAGGAAAUGUUCACGGAAAAUGAGAAGAUGAACCAUCAUUGCAAAUACAUAAAUGACUAUACUAAAGUUAAAAUAAAAAUGUACACACACAGUAAGAAUUGUGUUAGUGCAAAGGAUGUAGCCUUUGCAAACAUUGUUGAUAGGGCACUAAAUAAUUAUGAACAUACAGUGAUAAAAGAAAAUAAUUCUGACGGGAUGACAGACACAUGA